AUGGCUCGUGGAGACUCGACACCGCCCGAAUCGCCCUUGUCAUCAAUGGACAACAGCGAUGCCUCCGAUGAGGAGGUUCACGACUAUGAGGACGAGUCGCUGCUCCGCCCUUCGAAGCGACAGAAGCUGGGAGCUGCCUCGACAACAUCUCCCGCAGUCGUCGCCGAACCUGAACCUGACGCUGUUCCCGAGCCGGACCCGUUGGACGGCAUGUCGGACGUCUCAUCAGACACCUCCGGCGACAUUCCCAGUUCGCCAAUCAACGCCAAGCUCGAUGAAGAGGACUUCCAAGAGCAGGUCACGGCGUGUGCCUGGGAGGGCUGCGACGCGGGUGACUUUGGCAAUAUGGAUAAGUUGGUGGACCACAUUCACAGCGAUCAUAUCGAGAGCCGACAGAAAAAGUACACAUGCGAAUGGAUUGGAUGCAAUAGGAAGAGCAUGGGCCAUGCCAGCGGUUACGCUCUGAAAGCCCACAUGCGUAGCCACACUAGGGAGAAGCCUUUCUACUGCUAUCUACCGGAAUGUGAUCGCUCAUUUACAAGAUCCGAUGCGUUGGCGAAGCACAUGCGCACCGUCCACGAGACGGAGGCCCUGCGCCCUUCCGACCCUGUUCCCAAGUCCAUGCAGGCUGGUCCUACGGGCAAGGGCAAACUGAAGAUCAUCAUCAAGACCCCUCAAUCACAUGCCGCAGGACAAGACGACGCCAUCGACGAUGGUGCGGACGACGACGAGCUCUCGGCUGACCUUUUUACACCCCUGACGGAGGAACAAGGCUUCACCGCCGAGGAACUCAAAUUGCCUCUCGAGAAGCUCUACAAACUUUGCAGGUUCCAAGUCAAAUGGGCCCAGGAUGAAUCAGCCAAGCUGGCGGAAGAAGUGAAACACUGGGAGAAGCAAUACAAGGACCUCUGGCGCGAGAAGGAAGUUCUCUUCUCCCAGGUUGUGAAGAGCGAGGUCGACUGGCACGAACGCCGGCAGGCAGUGCUCUCUGGCGCAGCAGACGUUCAACUCUCGGGUGUACUUGAAAGCCAAGAGGGCAACUCUGGUGCGACAAACGGCGAUAGUUCGAACUCUCGACAAGACUCGAAUCCGAAUGAUACUCUGGCCAACGGGACCGGCUCAACGGAGAUUACGGCAGCCGGCUAG